UGGAGAAGUUCUGGAAGUCCAGAAGCUUGAGUCAGCUGACAUUUAACUUUUCCCCUUUCUAACUCAGUCCCUCCGACGCAUGGGAUGAGGGAACAUUCGCCGUCGAGAACUUAAAUUUCAUAUCGAAACUGCUUAUUAAUAGUUGGGGAUUUUAUAAUUGAAAUGUGUUACAGAUAGUCAUCGUAAACUGUCAAGAAGUUUAGGGUUUUAACGACUUUCAAGCUUGAAGGUUGGUCAUCUGCUGCUUAAUCCAGAACAUCUUUCAUCAUGGGUGACUGGAGUGCACUAGGGAAACUUCUUGACAAGGUCCAGGCGUACUCCACGGCAGGAGGCAAAGUCUGGCUCUCCGUCCUCUUCAUCUUCCGCAUCCUGGUGUUAGGGACAGCGGUGGAGUCCGCCUGGGGAGACGAGCAGUCGGCGUUCAAGUGCAACACGCUGCAGCCCGGUUGCGAGAACGUGUGCUACGACAAGUCGUUCCCCAUCUCCCACGUGCGCUUCUGGGUGCUGCAGAUUAUAUUCGUGUCCAUGCCGACUCUCCUGUACCUCAGCCACAUCGUGUUCCUCAUGCACAAGGAGGAGAAAUUGAAUAAAAAGGAGGAGAAACUAAGAGACAUCCAGAGCAAAGGUGAAGACGUGGAUGUGCUCCUGCGGAAAAUCGAAAUAAAGAAGUUCAAGUACGGCCUGGAAGAUCGCGGGAAGAUCAAAAUGAGAGGAGGGAUAUUUUACACGUACAUAAUGAGCAUCGUGUUAAAGUCCAUAUUUGAAGUUGUUUUCCUGCUGAUACAGUGGCACCUUUACGGAUUCACGCUGUCAGCCGUUUAUACGUGUCAAAAGUUUCCUUGUCCGCAUAAAGUGGACUGCUUUCUCUCCCGCCCCACUGAGAAGACGGUUUUUAUCAUCUUCAUGCUGGUCGUGUCGCUGGUUUCUCUGGCCCUCAACGUCUUUGAAUUUUUUUACGUGAUUCUCAAGAGGAUGAAGGACCAAAUCAGAGAGUCUGCGAAAAACUUUGAAAGCGCCUGUAAUAUCAAGCCCUGCCCAAGGAACCUGUCCAGUUACGGCUAUUACAACGACUGCUCGGCCCCCGCCCCUGUCCCUAAUCUGGGCUACAACCUAGAUACAGGUGACAAGUCCAACUCCUCUGACAAUUAUGACAAGCAGGCUAAUGAGCAGAACUGGACUAAUUACAGUACAGAACAGAACCAGCUGGGUCAGACCCAGCGCUUCCCAUAUCCCGAGAAAGUAACUCUGGGAAAGGAUCUUCUGCUGCUCAAAGAGCUUGAACCUCGACCCAGUAGUCGAGCGAGCAGUCGGGCCAGGCCGGAUGAUCUUGACAUCUAGCAGAAGCCUUAAACACAGGACAAUUUCUACCUUUGACAAAUGGUGAACAUUUAAAUAAACUGUGAAAAGGACAGUCACUGACAUCCAAAGAAUGACGUUUCAUUCAGUGUUUCAGCAUAUAUUUAUUGCGUUCAAUUUUGCUAUUGUAACUCAUGCCAAACAGUUGUUGUUGUUGUUGUUUUUUAAGUGAACUGUAUUUAUGAGCAAUGAUUGUAAAAAAUAAUUUCACAGGUUACUUUGAAAUAAACAUUUAAUACAGUAA